AUGAGCGAGGAGCAGCGUCCUCAUACUGGUUUAAAGGGAGCCACCAUAACGGGGGAUAUCCAAGAGCUGAUGUCCUUCUCCGAUGCAAACAGAACUAUUGGAGGAUACCUUGAGGAAGAGCCGAUAACAGGUAACAUCCAUUUAGGGAGGGAAAAAUUACCGAGGUUCUCUUCCACCAUCCAAGUAAACGGUAGAGUCGACAAGGAGUUCGCCGAAGAUGCAGAAACGGAGGAGGACUACGACGACACGCGUGAGAUAAGUGCAGCUGACGAGAAAGUCAUUAGAGAAGGAGGAGAGAAGAAAGGAAAAGGCUCAGUAGUGAAUGAGGCAAAUGAGACAGAAGCGGUGAAGGAGGAAGCGAGUUAUUGCAACGACGAUGCCGAUGCCGACGAUGAUGACGACGACGACUUUUUUUACGGAGAUUACAUAUCCACCAAUAAUGGCACCAGAGAUGACACCACACAGUCGUUGUCGAUGAAUGCAAGUUCAACCGAAGUGCGACAGGAUGUUGAAAGUCAAGCACCUGGUCAACUGUCGGAUGGCAAGGAACACAAGAACCAACACGAAGCAAUUAUACUGGACUCUUCUGAUAGCGAUACGGAUAGGGUUCGAGACAAAAACAUCGGGAGUAUGAAACCAAGGCGAAGAACUAGUUCUGGCUCUUCUUUGAGUGACACACCUCGAAAGAAGCCGAGAAGAUUACGGUCGAACGCCAACCCCGGGCGUAACGUAGCUAAAACAGUUCAAAAGGCACACAUACCUGAGACUGGAGGGAAUCGCUUUUCAGACGCGGAUGAAGACGAGCAGUUUUUCAAGGAUCUGGCUCGCGAGGCAGGCAGAACAACAAGUACGGCAAAGCCAGAUAGCCCGGCUGCUGUCAAUCGGGUUUUCAAUCUCAAAUUCACGUCCAUCCUCGAGGGAACCGUUGGCAAGAAGGUCAAUGCCAAGGUAAAAGGUACGCAUGCAUUUGAUGAGAUUAUACCUGUUGCGCUGAACCUAAUACUGAAAGAAUACAACGUUCCCACUGAGCUGCGACACCGCUACGAUCCAACCAAGGUAUCUGUUUACAGAAAUGAUGUCAAGCUUCCGAAUUUCAUGACCUGCAACGCACUUCCUGUUCCGCUGCAUGACGGAGCUGAAAUCAAGGAAGUUUCAUUGUGCUUGGUAGCCAGCGAUAAGGAAAAAGAAUAUGAAAUGAAGUGCGAAGAAAGCAAGCGCGAAGAUGAUACAUCGUUCACUGCUAACGAUUUGCUAAAUGCAAAUUCCAAAGGCCAGGAAUUUACAACAGGACCAUCUAGCGAUGACCAUCAGUUCAUGAAGCCCGGGACCGUGGAAAUUUUGGAUGAUGAAUCAGAGCCCGAAGAAUCAUGCGAGACAAGCGGAACAGUGCAUGUUGUACUCAUGGCUAAAGGUAAUGACAAAUUGCACGUCAACGCCCACAAGGAUACGACGUUUGAUAAGCUCAUCCUGCAUUACCGUGAACAGAAGAAUUUAUCAGCAGAAGUCCAAAUUUCUUUCUUUUUUGACAACGAACGUAUUUCUCCAACAAGUCGAGUAAGGUCUUGGGAUUUGGAAGAUGAAGACAUUGUUGAGGUGCAAUUGAGCUAA